GGUCAGUCGCAGGAAAAGACAGUGAAGAAGUGAACUUGGUCGCUGCUGUGUUUAGUCGAGGAUGCUGCUGAGGAAAUGACAGCUGUGCUGUCUGCUGGCUGACUGACAGAUGCCUUUACCAUGAUGCUGAGCUGCAGCGCGCUGGUCGUCGCCCUCUUGCUGUCCCAGGCCAGAAGCUUCCUGAACCCCUUGGAGGACGACGGCGUCCCUGAAGAGUGGGUGCUGCUCCAUGUGGUUCAGGGCCACAUCGGGGCUGGAAACUACAGCUACCUGCGUCUCAACCAUGACGGGAGAAUCAUCCUGCACAUGCAAAGCCUCAAAGGAGACGCAGACCUGUACGUGUCGGAUAAAACCUUACAUCCGAGCUUCGACACAUACAAGCUGCAGUCGGCCACCUGUGGCCACGACGUGGUGGUGGUGCCGGCAGACUUCACAAGGCCCGUGGGCAUCGGCAUUUACGGCCACCCGUCUCACCAAGAGAGCGAGUUUGAAAUGCGAGUUUUUUAUGAUCAGACGGUGCCUCAGGAUCCGUUUGAUAAGGGCUCAUACUCUUCAGAAGAUGAACACAAGGGAAAGAAAUCCACUCAGACAUCAGAGGACUUUGAGGAGGAAGAGUCGAUCAUUUGGACUAUACUGAUUGGUCUUUUGAAGAUUAUACUUGAGAUUCUAGUAUAGAAAUAGUUCUCUUUUUUGCUGCUGUGACAGCAAGAGGAGAUUGUGUUCUUGCCUCAGUCCUAAAGGAUAAGAAAAUGUUGUACCUAAACCCGAGGGAAUUCUGGCAUUUAAACAAUUGCCAUCAAAUAUACACACUUGAUACACAACAGUACGAGUCACAUUCUGAAGCUUAAGGGGUCACGUAGUUCACCAGUCACCGCUGACCAGGCAAAGAACGUCUCACACGUUUGGUGAUUAGCAGGUGAUCAUUAAUUUGUUGGACUGAGCAGGGUGUCUGCUCUGGGAGGAUGAAAUGGAUUGAGGUGAAGCUCAGGGUCUGAAUUUGAGUGGGGACUAUUUUUGGAGUCUAUAAAACUGUAUCUGGAUUUUGAAGUUUCUCUUAAUGCAACGAUCACAUGCACACACGUCAGUCGCCGUAAUCAUUCCUCGUCCCGUCAUGAAGUAAGCCCAUAAUCCUAAACGUUAGUAAGAAUGUGCAGUCCUUAUUCUGGGUAGAAAUAUGUUUUACGUUUCAGCUGAAGUUCAUUUGAGGCCUCAGCAUUCAAGAAAAGCUGUCAGUGUCCUUCAAAUGACCAACCUCAGAAAGGAAAGGUAGUGAUGACCAAUUGAUACCGUCAGACUCUCCUCAGACAUGCGCCCUUUUGAUUAAUCUGACAACAAUUCAGUGUAAAUAAUCGCCCUGCUCACUUUUCAGUAAAUCACAACAGCAGUCGCAGUCGGUCAGACGUGGUAACGGCUCUGUCUGAAUGAAUGCACACACAAGAUGAAGGUGUGUUGAUGUAGCACAGUCUUAGAACACCAUCAGACCUUUUUGCUUUUAUUUUUUAGUCGUGUGCUCCAAAAACAACCAAAGCAGAGGAAUUGACUUUAAAAAGAGAGCCUGAGGGAGAAGUUCAGACGCUGCCUCUGCACUCCGUCACCGUGUCAAAGUAGGCGUGGUUGUCUUUAGAGUUUCUAUUUAAAAUGAGUUUUAAAAAAAAUCCUUUUCUGAUUGUUGUUUGGAAAUGAGACGUUCUGCGUUGAUUUUUGCAGCUUUGUCAUCUUCACAUUGACUUCUAACUAUUUCAGAUUUGUAGGAUCUGCUCUGAUCAAACUUUACUCACAACUUUAGCUUUUUGUAGCAAGUCAGAGUGAGAGCUCGUGUUUUCCCCAGCAGAUGUUUGCAGUUUGUCUUUCUUUAGAUUCCUUCUGAAUCGAUUAAUCCAGCUGUAGCGGCUGUUCUCGGUCAGGACAGGUCAGCGUGGGUCAACAACGGGCACGACGUCUCCUCACAGUGGCCUCUGGCUCCCACAGAGAACUUUCCAUGCAGCUACAAUUUAUGAAGCAAAUUGGUUCUGAAUCUUGAAACUUAAAAUUCUGGUUUUCCUCUGGGUGAAAAAAAAACAACUUGAUUUAGAGCUUCGUUUGAACCUUGCAGCCAAACUGGGUAUCUUUGAAAGCUGCCUCAUUAUUGCCAAUGAUGGAGGAAUGCCAGCAUUAGGACACACAUCGGGUUGGUCGGAGCUUCAGCUGAACUUUAGAAUCCACUUUGUCUCACAGAGCGAGGACUGCUGCUGCUCAUCUCUGACAGUGUAGUCAUGCUGGGAGGUAACGGCUGAUACAGAGAGGAGGAAGUUUCAUAAGUUGUGUUUAUACUGUAUUCAGAUAGCCUUUAAAAUCUGAACCGAUCCUUUUCGUACAUCUCAAAUCUUCAAACGGAUCACAAAUGUGGCUGAAUCUCUCCUCAGCCUGUGAAUGAAUGAAACCACCUGUCUGUCUUAACACUGCUUCUCUUCACCACGUAGGGUCUGUGUGGGUUUAAAUGUCUGAACUUAGCAAUACAGUUCUUGUUAAUGAGGUUCCUAAAGGGUGGCUUUAUCGUUGGAUGUGAAGGAAGACCUGAACAGGUUUUAAAAGGAUGAUUUUCACCAAAGCAGAUCAUUAAGUUAAAAGUUUUUUUUUGUUCAUUGGCUGUUCUUUGAUUCAGACUCCAAAUGGGAACACGUGGUUGGUUAACAGAUCGCUAACAACCAGCUAGCCUGAGUAGCAGCAUCUUGUUUGAUUUGUCUUUGCCUGUUGGACAAGCUCCUGAUUUUAACAUCACCUCCAGCGCUGGAGUUCGGUUAUGAGUACACUUGUUACCACUGAGCAGAAAUGUUCAACAGUGCCUUCAGAUCAGUCCUCGGAGCAGCCAAGCAGCUUUUACUGUUCCCAGAGACGAUCCGUUCAGGUUUCAAAAUAAAGCAAAAUAUUGUUUUGCA